AUGACACUACAUAAUGAAGAAACAGCAAGGGGUAAUAUCUACUCAACAACACCAGACGGUACUCGUAUAUAUUAUGAUCGAACAUUUCUUCUAUCUCGUCGUGAAUCACCUAUGACACGAUCACUACCCUUGAAUUUCUCUUACAUUCCGGAAGUUACUUUGAUUCCCGAACCAUAUAGCAAUCGUACUAAUGUUGAUAAUGGUAUAAACACAAAUGAUACUACUGAAACAAUGAUAAAUUUAAAUAUGAAUUUAUCUGAACAAAAACAAUCUACAUCGGAUAGAAAAGGUACAACAAACAGCGAUGAUCAAUUUUCAAUGGAUAUGUGA